AUGAAUACCCUUCAGGUUCUGUUUCUCUUGGCUGCAGGCCUCUCUGUUGCCCACUCACUGGACUACAAGGCACUGAACCAGUUCAGACGGAUGAUCCUGUGUGUGAUGCCGAGCUGGCCUAUUCUCGACUACACUGACUACGGCUGCUACUGUGGAAAUGGAGGCACACCUGUGGAUGAUCUGGAUAGGUCAUGCUAGGUUCAUGAUCGGUGUUUCAAUGAGGCUAUGCAGAACCCUGAGUGCUGGGCCAUUGUCGACAAUCCGUACACCGAGUUCUAUGACUACAGCUGUGACGAGGAAAACAAGGUCACCUGCAGCAACAACAACAACGAAUGUGAGAUGUUCAUCUGUGAGUGUGACAGGAAGGCCGCCGAGUGUUUUGCCAGAAAGCCUUGGAACCCUGAGCACGAGCACCUGCCCAGCGACCGCUGUCUGUGAAGACAGCUAAAAUAAAGUGAUCAAUUCGUCAAUUCGCCCAGGAUCCUUGUCUUAUUAGAAAUAUUCACCUUAUACAUUACAGACAGAGCAUCAGGAUUUCUGUAUGGGAGUACAUUGGGAUUUUGGUGAUCUAUAAACAUCCAUCAAUCCCUCUCUGUGCUGAAUUACUGUUGUCGUGUAUGUAAUUGUGAAGUUAUCCUGAAAAUAAACACAUUUUAAUCUGGAUCUCUCAUUUGACCUAACAUGCUGUUUUAACCAUAGAGGGCA